CUCACAUUCGAUCGAUUAGUACGAUUAUCACUGAACACAAACACGAAUAUUUUCAAAGUAAACACACAGUAGUGUAUCACCUGAAUAAAAUUUGCGGUUACCAUGGCGAUGGAAACUAUUUUGGGCAUCAAGGGACCCGACUUUGUGAUGCUCGCAUCAGAUACAAUGCAGGCCAAGUCGCUGGUCUUCAUGAAAGAUGACCAAUCCAAAAUCCACCGACUAUCAGACUUCAACAUAAUGGCCACUGUAGGCGAUGGUGGCGAUACCAUUCAGUUCACUGACUUCAUAUCCAAGAACUUGCAUCUGUACAAGAUUUCCCACGGCUACCACCUGAGUGCCAAGUCAGCGGCGCAUUUUACUAGGAAGACACUGGCGGACUACAUAAGGACCAACACCAGGUACCAGGUGGCAAUGCUGCUGGCAGGAUACGAUGCGGUUGAGGGUCCUGACCUCCACUACAUCGACUCCUAUGGCGCAGCUCAGUCCAUCAAUCAUGCAGGUCAUGGUUGGGGCAGCAUGUUCUGUGGCAGCAUUCUGCAGCGAUACUGGAACUCGAGGCUCAGUCAAGCGGAUGCCUACUCCCUGAUGAAGAAGUGCGUCCUGGAGAUCCAGAGGCGACUGAUCAUCAACCAGCGCAACUUCGAGGUGUAUGUGGUGGACAGCAAGGGAAUGCGCAAGAUGGAGGCCAUCAACCCAGGAUCACUGAACAAGGAGUCGAUUAGCCUGAGUUGGUGAAACGGAAAACAUUAAAGCCGUAGUCGGGCCAACUAUGAAGCA